AUGUUCCCCUUCCGAUUGGUGGACGGGUGGGAGCUCCGAAUGUCGAGAAAGGCUCUCUUCCAUAGCUUCGUCGUGGCUGUGUUCUCCAUCUUCUCCUUUUACAAGUCGACCAUGUCCUCCAAGAAGCGCCUUUACAACUUCAUCUUUCUCACGGAGCUCUUCUCACUCAACCUGACUGUUCAUGGACACCUUUCGGAUGCCCUGUUCACCGUGCUCUCCGUCCAGCGGCGGCACGGUAUAAGACUGAGGUGCAGGAGCUACCUAACGCAGCUUUUGAUGUGCUCAUUGUGUCUCCUUAUCAUCUUAAUUUACAGGCUAUUCGAGCUGAACAACAGGAGCUGGACCAAUAUCCUGUUCACGAUCGCCUACUUCCUCCCAACCUGGAUGAUGUUCAGUUCUAUAAUGGUCUUCUCUUCGGUGUGCCUCCUCAUUGGCGACAGCUUUGUUUCCAUCAGCGCUGCACUGCUCAACCCCUACCGCGGACUUGCUGAACUGGACUUCCUACUCCAGACUCACUUCGUUCUCAUAACGGCUGCGGAGUCAAUGACCGGUGCGGCAACUUCGUACCUACUUAUCCUCUUCCAGUUCUCUGAUUCGGACUAAAACACUACCGCUUAGCUGCAAGUCAUAGCAUCAACAAAUAAUGAAAACAUUAU